GUUCGAUAGAUUAGUUGAUUAGUCUAUUUCACAUUUUAAUCUGCUCAAAAAUCUGUAACAAUGGGCGCUGUUGAAAUAAACAUGCAAACUACGAUGAGCUCUGAUAAGGAUGAACUUUUUAUUUGCCCUUAUGACCCUGUUCAUAGAGUUGCAGCUAGAAGAUACAUUCGUCAUAUUAUAAAAUGUCGAAGAAAUUUCCCAUUAGUUGAGAAAGCUGUUUGUCCUUUUAAUGCAAGACAUGUUGUUCCUAAACCAGAAUUGCGACAUCACCUGAGCUGCUGCCCUGAUGCUCGUAUGAUUGAAUCUGAGAUAAAUUUUGAUCGCUGUGGUUAUGAUGGGGAUGAGGUUAAAGGUGAUACAUCAAUGCCACCUAUGCAGUCUCAACCAUUAGAUUUUGGGUCGGAAGAAAACUGGGACGACGAAAUUGCUGAUAAUGCUUUGACGCAGGAAUAUGUUUACGGAUUAUCGGGACCUAAAAAGACAGUGAAUCGUAGAAGAGAAGAAAUCAAAAGAAUAAAAGAAGAAAUGAGACGUAAAGCUCAAGAAGAAAGCAAUUUUAUUGAGGCUCAUUUUGAAAUUCAUCAACGAAGGCCAAUGCGACAUCCUGGUGUUGCAGACAGACAGAAUCUCAUGCAGUAUGGCCUGUUUUUUGCUGAUGACCCAAAUCCAGCCAAACCACUUCUCGCAGCCAAUUUUCAAAAACCAGUGCUCUCUGAUUAGUUUAGCAAAUGAGAGAUCUUCACGACAUGAAAUUACCUAACUUUAAGUGUAACACUACCGAUCACAAUAUGUAGAAAAUGAAUCUAGCAAAGAUCGAUCAUGAUUAGAUCUAUUUUUUCUAUUUGUUUGAUAUUUUUGAACAUUUCUUUUUUUGACAUUACACUUUACAGCUGUGGUAAGUCAGUGUCAUUACAUGUGUUCCAAAUAGUCUUAGUCAAUUUUUUUGCAAAACAUGCAAAAUUAUCAGAAAAAUAAGCGAACACACAUUUAGCCCAAAUAGUAGUUCGCUAAAGUAAUAUCAAAAUUAAAAACAAACCUUUAACUCGACAGGAUUUUCUGAAUUUAACCAUGCUUGUUCUGGCAUUUUGUUAGAACAUUCACAUAGGUUGAGUAAUUUAAUAUUAUUUAAUGUCAAUGAAUGGGUGUGUUGCUAAUUGAAAUUUGUUUAUUAAAUUGGGGUGUGCUAUUAUUUGAAUUCCCUUUUUCUUUACCUACAUUGUCACAUGUGCUUGCUUUCUCUCAAUAGCACCAAUUUCAUUCUUUUUGCACCUGUUUUUUUUAUUAAUAAAUAGUUACCAAAUUUUA